AUGGCGCUCUUACCCGACCCGCCGACUCCUACUAUGAGCCAAGGAGGGAACAGCAACAGCAGCCAAGCAUCCCUCAUGACCCCUUCCACCCCGCCGUCCAGAGGCGCACCACAAAACACUAUCGACCACCCUGACCUAUUCCACUCCCCCGAUAUCUCUGCUCGGGGUCCUGAAGAGACCGACUCUUUCACAACAUUUUCAACUCCUCUUAUGGACCACGCCUCACCGCCAGCACCACCACCCAAGGCUCCCCAAGACCGUUCACCAGCUUCAUCAUCGUCGCUCGUCAACCCUCAUACUCAACCUGUCGAACAAGGAGGUUGGGCUUCAAGUUUGUUCGUCCCGCCUCCUCAGGGGCAGAGCAACCACUACGCCUACAACAACCAAACGACGACGGUGCCUUCCCUUAUUCCAGCUGGAGCGACUAUUAUUGAACCGGUUGCCUCAUAUACCUUCAAUGGCAGCGCAUACAUUCCGGACUCGACGUUCCAGCCCUACCCACAGCAACAGCAGCAACAGCCGAUUUCGAACUAUUGCCAGCAGGAACAGCAGCAGUACCAGACGGUGUAUUCUCAGCCAGAGUAUCACGACCCUUACCAACAACAACAGCAGUAUCACCAGGGGUACCCUGAGCCUGAGCUUGUCGACACCAUCGAGAAGGUCGACCAUGUCUUUGACGACAACGACUCUACUCCUGAGAAAAACACUGGUAAACGGAAACGACUGUACUGGAUCGGUGGUGUUGUGAUCACCAUCUUAGCCGGUGUGCUUAUCGGGUUAGUCGUCAGCAUGAAGAACAAGGGUUCUGGAAACAACAACGGCGCAAACAGCAACAACUCGGCGUCGGGGAAUGGAGCUGUACCAUCUGGAUCGAGGUCGUCUUCGAUGUGGUCAGGCAGUGCUCCUACUGGUGUUCCCGUUGGAACAACGCUUUCGAACGGAGUGGUCGUCCCGCCACCUACAGGAACUCUAGUCGUCGUCCCUGCUUCAACUACUACUUCUGGAACUGGACAACCCCCUGUCGUGAACCCACCAGUCCAAACAACCCCACCGCCACAAUCCAUCCCUCCUCCAGUGGAAACAACAACAACUACCACAACAACAACAACAGCCGAGCCCUCAAAACCCACCUCAGGUGGUGGCGGAAACUACGGGCCCCGUGUACCCACCCCUCCUCUCCCCUCGCUACCAGCCAAAGGCACCUGCGGCCCUCUAUGGUGUUCACAAAACUACUACUGGUGGUGCAUGCAAGAUAUCUGUGUCAACGACGGGGAUUUGAAGGCUUGCAAGGCCGGAUGCACAGAUCAGUUUUGCCCGAUGGCUUGCGAGCAUAAUAAUGGGUGUAUGCAGGGGUGUCAGACGAAUUACCAGAAGUGUGAACAGAAUUGCGCGUAG